AUGGCGAAUCAUCUAAAGGAAAAGUCGUUGUAUAGCGAGCUACAUGCUGCAUCUAUAGGUGUAGGCAUCCCAACUCCCACCGCAGUGAGUGUGGCAGUUACUCCACAAAUGUCUCCUGAAUCUACUGGGCCAGCUCAUACACCCAUAGUCACUCGGGGAACUUAUGGUGAUUGCGAGGCGCAGCCAUCGGGUUAUGGCCCCAUUCCGAAAUACGACAACAUGCGGGGAUUCUACUACUCGCCAGAGAUACGCCAUGCGGCGGACAACGCCCCGAUUCCCCCCGGCUACAUCAAAAGCUUUGUCUCCGCCAAUGGAUCGUUCGUCGGCAGCCAUUACCUCGGUCACUACGAACUAAAGUCCUUUGAUACACUCGAGUGUGCUAGGAGAUGCAAUGAAUGGGGCAAGCUAGCUAAUCCGCCUAGCGAUGGCCCUAGCAGUAACGAGUCGAAUACCCGAGAUGCUAGCCCAAUCGUUGCAACGUCGUAUAGGGAUCCGGAUACCAGGGGCACGGAACCUGGCCACGACCAACUCUGCCAGGGUUUCAACACCUAUUUCGAGCGGGCGCCUGCCAUACGGCUUGGUCCGGAAUGCCGGGAAUCUACGAGCCGAACAGUCAUAAAGUGCGCACUGUGGGGGGAACCUCUUCGUAUCGAAGGCGCCAAGAAUAUUGGAUACAGAGAAUGGGACUUCGAUGUGGUCAUUGCGGGUUCCAACGGGUAUAGUUCAGAGAAAUACGCUGAGUUGAGCAACCUGGCCCCUGGGAAGAAGCUAGAGCCCGUGGUUCUUGCUGCACUUUUCGCACCUCAAGUAUUUUUGGGAUUCAUGGCAUUUUGA